AUGUCUUUCACGCUCAUACAUACCCGUCCAGAUGGGAACAAGAAGCCAAUCAGGAUGUCAAUUUUGGACGCACUCAGAGGAGUUCCUGAUCGCAAAUCCAAGAAAGCGAGAAAGGUCCAGUGUCCAUGCUGUGGCAAGGUGCAUUCCAGCGAGGCUCCGGCCAGUGCGGAGAAGAAGGAUGAAGCCCAAGCUGCCAAGGCCGCUGAGAAGAAAGACGGCGAGACUGACGACGAAAUCAUGAUACGCAUGAAGACCAAAAACCAGCACGCCCAAUGGACAGACAUUGUCGAGCAGCUCAAGGAAAUCAAAUCCGUUGGCGAGGCCAAAGCCCGGUACAAGGAGAUCACCAAGGACAGGAAAGAUGACGAGAACGCAGGAUCGGACAAUCAAACCAAAGGCAAGGGAAAAGAGAAGAAUCCCGACAAGGCUGCAAAGGACGCAAAAAACAAGGCUGAGGGCUUGAAAACGCAAAUCGACGCGCAGUCCAAAAAGGAAGCUGCAAAGGCGGGCGAGCAAGCAAACGCUUCUGACAAUGCCACUAACGACAAGACAAUGAACUGCCAGCAGCAAAAAGGAGCCACUUCAGUCUGCGAGCCAAACAUAUACAGGAUCUUGGCCGACAAAUAUGAUUCGAAGAAGUGGCUGGACGUCGCAUCGAGACAUUACGACAAGACCGGAGAGCGCAUCAGCCCUGAAAUGGCACGCCAAAGAGCCGAAGGCAGCUGA